AUGUCUCAAAGAAAAGCAGCUCUACAAUUCAAUGUCCCAAUGAAAACUCUACGUGAUAGAAUCACUGGUAAAAUAAGUCCAGAUUGUGUCACCACUGGGAGGGCACCUGUUUUUUCACUUGAAGAGGAGACACGGAUUGUGGAACAUGUAAAGUCCAUGGCUUCAUAUGGAUAUGGGUAUACUAGACAAGAAGUUACAGAUCUGGCUACUGAUUUUGCCCACACAAUCAAUAUUAAACCAAGAAAUGAAGAACUUACCUUGAGGUGGUUUGAGGGUUUCAUAAAAAGAUGGCCAGAACUUAGAGCGGUUAAACCUAGAAGUUUGGAGAUUCAACGUGCAAAAUGUGGUUCUGUUGCUAAUGUUGAAAAGUACUUUGCAAGCUUAGAGCAAGUUGUUCACAAAUAUAAUCUUCAGGAUAAACCACAUCUCAUAUUUAAUAUUGAUGAGAAGGGUAUAACACUGAAUCAUAAACCACCUAAUGUUGUAUCUGGAAUUGAAUGUAACACAUCAUCAGUAACAUCUGGAAGGUCUAGUACUACGACCAUACUUGGCUGUGGAAGUGCAUCGGGAUUUGCUGUACCUCCAUAUUUUGUAUUUGAAGGUAAAAGAAUGAUGAAUGAAUUGAUGAAUGGUGCAACACCUGGUGCUGUUGGUGCAGUAUCAGACUCAGGAUGGUCCAAUACCAAUAUAUUCAGACAAUAUUUGACUGACCAUUUUCUUAAAUAUGUCCCUGGCAGAAACAAUGACAACAUACUUCUAGUCCUUGAUGGGCAUAAGUCACAUGUUGCAGUUGAUAUACUUGAAUGGGAACAGCAACACCACAUCAUUAUUCACGUCUUACCAGCUCAUACCUCACAUAUAUUACAACCUUUGGAUGUUGGAUGUUAUGGGCCGUUGCAACGUACUUAUGAUAAUGAAUGUCACAAAACCAUGCGUCAGAACUCCGCAGUCAUAACCAGAUACAACAUAUGUGAACUAGCCUGCAAAGCAUACCAGAAUGCACUAUCCCCAGAAAACCUUCAGUCAGCAUUUGGGAAAACUGGAAUAUACCCCCUGGAUAAGAGUGUCAUCAACACAGAUCAACUGAAACCAUCAGAGGUAUUUACAGCAAAUGAUGAAUGCAAAAAAACUACAGAUGAACCAAAAACAGAUAACAUACAAGUAGUUGAGGUUGAUACGAAUGGAGAAGUAACGGAAGCUGUUGAAAGUGCUGUGACUGAUAUUUUAGUUGUUGAAGAUUUGCAAGAUCAUGAUGUUUGCAUGUUAGAUAUGGUAGAUACUUAA